CCAGGGAGCGCCGGGAUUCCAUUCAUAGCGGGCCACCACUUCUUGUGAUAUAUCGUUUACCGCCUCCACUCUUUACAACCGAGGACUCUCAGGCUCGCAAAAAACUCGGCGAUGAGCUUUCCAGUUAGUGAUGCCUACAACUUUAGUCGCACGGGCGCUUGGGGUACCGUGACUUCUACGCUAGAUUUCUGCGAGGCCAAUUACCAGUUCUCGGAUUAUAUUGCGGAAAUGGCGAAUACGCUUUCUAAUAUCAUUACGGUCGCGAUUGCCCUGCAAGCCGCCCGCAUAGUUCAAACUCAGGCGCUUCCUGCGCGCUACUUCUUUGGCUUCAUGUCUCUCGCCAUAGUCGGCCUUGGUAGUUUUGCAUUCCAUGCAACUCUGCUACACUCUGCGCAGUUGUCCGACGAGCUACCGAUGAUUUAUACUGCUUCUUGCUCAUUAUUCAUACUCUAUGACACAUCCCCUGGCUGGGGAAUCAGUAGCAAAAAGUCGCAGCUGUUGCUUAUUUUUACUGUGCUGUUUGAUAUUUUAUUUACUUAUUCUUAUUGGCUAUACCGUAAUCCAAUCUACCAUCAGGUGGUUUUCGCAGCUUUCAUGAUCGCGAAUACCCUUCGCGGCUCCUGGCUCGUUAGAUCCGCCGAAGCGUCAAACCGAAUCGGUCUUAACGAGAAAAGGACGAUCACGAGUUUAUACACUUCUGGUGCAUUGAUCUUCAUCCUCGGGUUUGCUAUCUGGAACCUAGAUAACGUGUUCUGCAAUGCUUUGUCCAAAUGGAAGGCACUAGUGGGAUGGCCUAUGGCUUUCCUACUUGAAGGGCAUGCAUGGUGGCACCUGUUCACUACUGUCGGCGCUUAUAUUAUGGGAAUUGGAACAACCUGUGAAACUCUUUGUAUCAAGGAUGAACCUAGAAAUUACACGGUUGAAUAUGAUGCGGGAAUUUAUCCUCGUGUUCGCAGGGUAAACAAGAAGGUCAAGAUGUAG